AUGGCUUCAAGUCCCGGAGCCGGUCAUGGUUCAAAUUCAAAUUCUGAUAAUGGGGACGACAAGAAAAAAACAACGAACGUUUCCGCUGCCCUUCAAGGAGCAACUCUGGCAUUCGCAUCGCAAGCCAGCCAAAAACAGCCACGGAACAGCGGGAGCCCAGAGAGGAGGAUACCACAAACCAGGCAGCCAGCGGGGCGAACUAUCCAUGAUGGAGCUCGAAGAGCAGCUCUGAUCGCGGACGCCGCUGCAGCCCAAAGUCGAGCCACUACUGAUACUGACCGGGGUGGUGAUGAACAUCUGGUUUCAGCAAGCACUGGAGCAGCAGUGAAAGACAGGAUUCAGCUCUUUUCUCAUCCAGACAAUAGUGGUGGUGGUGGAGGUUCUACCGCAGGAGAAACUCAAGUUCCACAGCUUGCGAAGGCUGUAACCUCGGUCCAGAGCAACGACCAAACGGCCUAUGAUAGAAUAGUGACGCAGCCAAAAAUAGGGCCUGAAUACCACCCCCAGCGCAUUGCAGCUAAACUUGCUGUGGAUAGGUCUGCUACUGGACCCAAGGCAAGAUCAAGGUCCCCGUCCCGGGCCGCCUCUGUUACCACGAUAAGCUCGCCGCGAGCCAGGGAAUUUCGAGAGUUAAUUACACAUGAGGCCCAUCGUAUCCCAAAUUCGCCAGCUAGCCGUGAAGAGGACGACAGUGGUGCCAUUAUUACGAGCUCAAGGAGGGACAAAGGCAAUGCACCUCCAGAUCCGGAGGUGACCGAUGCAGGAGAGCCCUCAGCUGCACAAAACAUGCCAACGCAGCAGAAAUAUGGAGUCAAUACCCCUCCUCUGCUUCCGAAUAGGUCAGUAAUGACCAGAGAUCGAUCUUUAACGAAAAAUAUGGAUUCCGAACCUGACCAAGGACCUCUUCCACCACCUCCUCCUCCGCGGCGUGGUAGAGCCCUCACUCCACCUCCAGCUCUACCCCCAAGAUCAUCUACAGCUCCUCAGCGCAAGGAGAAACCGCCGCCUCCAGCAUCACGGCAAUCGACUACGACGACAUCUUCAAUCAUCGACAGACCUCUGACCCCUCGUAAACCACUCCCUUCCUUGCCUCAGCACAAUCCGCGUCCACAUCCACUCCCGCAUGCCCGGCCAACACCGCUACAAGCCCAGCAUUCUGGGGUUUCUGAGAGUGCCUUGGCCGAUGCAAUCGCAGCGUCAACACUAGCAUCACGACGCACUCCAUCACCAUCCAAACAUCAUGGCAAUAGCAAUAACAACCCUCCUCCGCUACCGCCUAGUCGACGAUCAAGGUCUCGCUCGUUUCUUCAGGUUAGCCACAGUGGCAACAGGAGCGACCGCCAUGACCGGUCAGGAAAAGGAGACGAUGGCCAAAACAACAGGACUCCUAGUCCCAGCAAGACGACGACCAUGAAACGGACAAUGCGUGCCCCUGCCCUACCUGGGCCGGACUUUGCAGCCGGCGAGAGACACAGAAGCAAGGAACACAGCCGGAAAAUCAUCCGAACGCACCCGCAUAAGCAUCGGGAAGGCGAUCGCAAGCGUUGGCGUGACAAGGUGACUGCUGCGGAAAGAAAGCGCUACGAAGGGGUAUGGGCGGCGAAUAAAGGUCUGUUCAUCGGUGCGCAUGAACAGGUCAAUAUCAAAGAUAGGUCUGUUAUCCUCGAGGAGACUGUAUUGAGCAUAGUUGUCCGGGACAUCUGGACUCGGAGCAGACUACCGACCCAGCUGCUGGAACAGAUCUGGAAUAUCGUCAGCCACCAUGCAUACGGGCUGUUGACUCGGGAGGAAUUUGUCGUAGGGAUGUGGCUGAUCGACCAGUGCCUGAAAGGGCACAAGCUACCUGUCAAGGUAUCACAGAGCGUAUGGGACAGCGUGCGAGUGGUUUCUUCAGGAGAGUUCAGAGGCCAUUAA